AUGUGUGCAUGGGUUUGCAGAAACGGUCAUGUGAUUGUGCAUGUUGGUUGCACGAGUCUUAAAGAUUCCCAGGAGCUGGCUGAGCAUGCAGCAUGCAUCAAGGCUGACGGGGUUGCGGUCAUUACCCCUUCCUUCUACAAACUCAAGACUGCAGAUGCAUUGAGGAAGUUCCUACAGGAGGUGGCGCGCUUUGCCCAGGGUUUGCCCUUCUAUUACUAUCACAGUCCUGCUGCCACCGGUAUUACCUUGCAGCUGAGAGAGGUGAUGGAAGGUAUUGAGACGCUCAUUCCCUCCUUCAGUGGUGUGAAGUUCGCCAGCAGUGACAUGAUGGACUUUGGUCUGUGCCUCAGUAAUUACCAGAAGCAGUUGUUCCUGUUCGGCUUGGACGAGUAUCUCCUACCAGCGCUGGCAAUGGGAGCAGGAGGGGCAGUGGGCAGUACAUAUAAUUAUCUGGGACGCCAGGCCAGCCAGCUCAUUUCAGCUUUUGAGGAAGGUGACCUCGUCCAAGCCAGGAAAAUCCAGAACAAGAUACUAGAACUUAGCAGUUCCAUCAUGGGAAAAGGUUUUAACGACGGCUUGAACAAGCAGCUCAUGAUCGAGCUGUCAGGCUUACGUCUGGGCCCCCCUCGCCUCCCCGUGCUGCCGUGUCCUCAUGAGCUUGCUGCAUUGACUGCAGAGAAAUAUUACAGCAUUUUUUCUUGAAUGGCGAUAUCAAACAUUCAGACUCCAUUCCUGGAAGUCCACUUAACAUUAACCACAUCACCUAAACCAGUAACUGAAUUAUACAAGAAGAUCCUCCGUCAUACAAAACGUUUUACUAGAUUACCAGUCACUGCAAUAUCAGUAUUCUUAUCCAUUCCCAAAAUAUGAACAGUCAGCUGAGCACUUGAUAAAUAAACUGUAUUAUCCUGUACUGUUGGAGGAUGAUCAACACAAUGGUCACAAUUUUAGAAUGUUACAAGCAGCUGAGAAAGAAGACAUUUGAGGCUCUGAUUUAAAGGGAUUUUUAUACACCUUUUAUUUGUUCAUCAAACUAAUACGAAUAUGUAAAAAACAAACUUAAAAAAAAGACAGCCAAAAAUACUCAGGCACAGAGAAACAAAUGUUUAGAUUUCUAAAAUAUGAUGUAUUUUGUCGCUGUUGCUUUAAAUGGAAAGGACCUGCUGCUGUCACUCUGUUCCUGAGACGGGAGACAUAUACAUGGUAAUGGGAAUAAUAAAAGGAUAUAUUACUAUAUCCAAGUCAUAAGAAGAGAUAAAGGAAGAACUCUUUAAGAUAAACUACUAUUUUUGUAUUAACAGGUUUUUUUAUGAAUAAAUGUAACACCACAAGACCAGGGA